CUUACACUUCCACUUGCAUUACUAAAAGAUUAUAAAACCACAAACAAAGUCUCCUAAACCAACAAAUUUCUCUAACUGAUCAUCCCAUCAUUUCCUUUCCCAACCUCCUGCCAUGGUGGAAGGGGAUCAGGUAAGGCCUCUAGCACCGGCUACAGACCUUCCAAGCAGUGACAAUGGAGAGGCUGCUAUGCACCUGAAGAAACUUCGACGCAAGAAAUGCAUCAAAUGUUGCGGUUGCAUUGCAGCUCUACUCGCCAUCCAAGCUGUGGUGAUCAUAAUUUUAAUCUUCACAGUGUUUCGAGUCAAGGAUCCAACCAUCAAAAUGAACGGUGUCACUGUCACUAACCUGGAGCUCAUCAAUGGCACCACAACCCCAAAGCCAGGGUCCAACAUCUCUGUCAUAGCCGAUGUUUCAGUCAAAAAUCCCAACGUAGCAUCAUUCAAGUACAGGAACACCACCACAACACUUUACUAUUAUGGCACAGUGGUCGGAGAUGCCCGAGGUCCGGCGGGCCAUGCAAAGGCCCGCCGGACCAUGCGGAUGAACAUAUCCGUUGAUAUUAUCGCGGAUCGGCUCUUGGCCAGUCCAAAUUUGACUGCGGAUGUGAGCUCCGGGACGUUGACCAUGAGCAGCUACUCGAGAAUUCGAGGAAGGGUCAAUAUGUUAAACAUUAUAAAGAAGCAUGUGACUGUAAAGAUGAAUUGCUCCAUGACAGUUAACAUCACCAGCCAGGCAAUUCAAGAACAGAAGUGCAAGCGAAAGGUUGAUCUCUAGACU